CCACUUUCGCAGACAGGAAGUGUGACCAACUUUUUCCACCAUCCAGCUAUACUUGGACAUUUUUCAUCAUACUGCCUCAACUAAUGUGAUUCAUUUCAGUGUACAAGUGUAACAACAGCACGUCUAACCGAGAAGAGUUUACUUUCAGUUUAACUCGUGUUCCGCACAGAUUUUCCUGUCCUCUCGCAAACUGUGUACUGUCCCUUUAAGUUGGAACAUUUAACAGGCUGAACCUCCGCUCACUCAGGACCCAUUCAUAAAUAAGAGAUCGUAUGGAAAGGUAGCUCAUAUAGUCGCAUCUGAUUCCUCAUGCAGCGCACCGGAUGCGAGGGGCGAGUAGGAACCAGACACGUUCACCGCGGUCGGGGACUGUGAAUCGGGGGCACGGCUGAGAGAGCAGGAGUGACUUUCCAUGGCUGACCCCCCUGCUGAUGGUUUUGACUUCAUGUGCGAGCCGUCAGGAGGCAGCUUGAUCCAGCUCAGAGCAUUUGGCAAACCCAGAAAAAUGCUCGUUUCCUCGCGGGGUUUGGUGUUUUCUACGUGCUUCCGCUUAAGACAAGUCAUCCUGGUGUAGAAAGUCUACCGCUCCCAUCCUUCCCUCUUUUUUCUUUUUUCUUUUUUUUCACCAGAGGAGCCGAGGAUCUCCCAUACCGAUGGAGCAGUGAGUUAUGGCAGCUAAAGAGGAACUGUAUGCCAAAGUGACCCCGCGGAGGCAGCGCCAGAGCCGGCCAAGCAACGUCAAACAUGGGUCCCCUCUGGACGUGCUGCUGUCCAUGGGCUUCCCCAAGACCAGGGCCUUGAAAGCUCUGGUUUCGACAGGAGGGAAAAACGUCCAGGCAGCUUGUGACUGGCUCUUCUCCCACGUGGAUGACCCGUUUUUGGACGACCCUCUGCCCAGAGAGUAUGUGUUAUAUCUGCGACCCUCUGGGCCGCUGCUCCAGCAGCUCUCGCACUUCUGGCAGCAGUCCCGUCUCUCCUGUGGCAAGAAUAAGGCACACAACAUCUUCCCCCACAUCACCCUCUGCCAGUUCUUCAUGUGUGCCGAUGGGAAGGUGGAGGCUCUGUGCGAUGUUCUCCAGACCACCGUGGCCAAGUGGAAGGCUCGUAUACCCAUGCCCCUCCCACUGGAGCUCUACACCUCCUCAACCUUCAUUGGCCUCUUUGUGGAGGAGCAGGUGGCAGAGAUCCUGAAGGGUUUUGCUGCCGAUUUUGCCACUGAAGCAGCAGCUAAAGCAGAUGUUCAUGUUGAGCCCCAUAAGAAACAACUUCAUGUCACUUUGGCAUACCACUUCCAAGCCGGUCACCUUCCAGUUUUGGAGAAGUUGGCCAAAAGCGUCGAUGUGUCUUCAGGCUGUGACUGGCUGGCUGUGCUCUUCUCCCGGGAUAUUCGGUUUGCUAAUCACGAGACACUGCAAGUCAUGUACCCAUAUGUGCCUCAGAAUGACGAUGAGCUUGAGCUGGGGCCAGGUGACUUUAUCUUCAUGUCUCCGGUGGAGCAGAGCAGUGCCAGUGAGGGCUGGGUGUACGGCACCUCGCUGGGCACGGGGAUGUCGGGCCUGCUGCCUGAGAACUACGUCAACCGCGCUGACGAGUCUGACACCUGGGUUGUCCAUGGGUCUCACUCUAUUCUCAACUGUGCCUCUCCGUCUUACUCCGGCAGCACUGUGGGUGGGUUAUUAUUUGAUGGACAGCUGAAUGACUGUCUAUUUGACAGUCUCAUGGAUCCUCCCAGCCUCACUGGCCUCUAUCCUCCUAUGCAGGUGUUGAGGCCAACUAGUCAGUCCUCCCUGUCCAAGAUGAGACUGUUUGUGUGUCGCCAUGGGGAGAGGAUGGACGUGGUGUUCGGGAAACACUGGGUCACUCAGUGCUUUGACAUCAAAGGCCGAUACAUUCGCUCUAAUCUCAACAUGCCGCCAAACCUGCCAGCUAGAAGCGGAGGUCACCGGGACUAUGAUAAAGAUUGUCCAAUUACUGUGUUUGGCUCCACCCAGGCCCGUCUUGUUGGUGAAGCCCUGUUGGAAAGCCACGCGACAGUAGACUUUGUUUACUGCUCUCCUUCUCUUCGCUGCGUCCAGACUGCUCAGCACAUUCUGCAGGGUCUCCAGCAAGAGGGAAAGACAAAGAUCCGUGUGGAGCCCGGAUUGUUUGAAUGGACCAAGUGGGUUUCAGGCACAUGUUUACCCACCUGGAUCCCCCCAGCUGAGCUGGCUGCUGCUAACCUGAGUGUGGACACAACAUACAGACCUCAUAUUCCCAUAAGUAAGUUGGCGGUGUCAGAGUCCUAUGACACCUACAUCAGCAGGAGCUUCCAAGUAACCAGAGAGAUCCUGGCAGAGUGCAAAACCCUGGGAAACACGGUCCUGAUUGUGGCCCAUGCUUCCUCCCUGGAGGCUUGUACUCGCCAGAUACAAGGCCUCAGCCCCCAAAACGCCAAGGACUUUGUCCAAGUUGUCCGAAAGAUUCCUUAUUUGGGUUUUUGUGCUUCUGAAGAAAUGGGAGAGACCGGGGUGUGGCAGCUGGUCGACCCACCCAUCUUGCCUCUGACACACGGACCCAAUCACAGUUUCAACUGGAGGGAAAUGCUAUUGCAAGAUUGAAAGAUAUGGCUCGCUAUCUUUUGCCGGUCCCGAACCGCUGAAAAAAUAUUUAUUUUUAACCCACACUGCUAUAAAUUAAACUACCAAAAAAAAAAAAAAACAAAAAAAAAAAUGUCUGGCUUCCGUCACAGACACACAGACAUCAUGCAAAAAAAAUUAAAGUGCAUUCAUUGAAGCAAAUGUAUUCAGACGCACUGCUCAGGAAUGAGAAAAUACAGUUUGUGUGGAGAUCACAGCAAAAAUGAGCUACAGAUUGGAUGGCAGUUUGUCGCGUUUCCCUCAACGUUCCACUUCUUAGCCCAAAAUGUGGAGGUGCUACGAGAAAUCCAGAUAUUUCUUGAUGGUUGCUGAUGAAUCAGGUUUUAUGCCAUGAGAAGGUGUGAUUAAGUUCCGUCUGUGGCUCCUCCUCAGGUGGGGCUGUGAAGACUUCGUGUUCUUUUGUGUUCUGCUGCCUUUUCACACACUGUGACGAGAAUUAGAUGAGAAAGAAAUAUUUUUCCAAGUGUCCGAAAUUAUUAUUUAACUUGUAGCUACAGCCCUUCCUGCGAAAAAGCACAAAAGAAAUGUUGACAAUCAGACAGGGGAAAACUGAUCUUCAUUGUUUCUGGUGCUGAGGUGGGUAGUUUAUGAUACCUGUUUUAUUUCUGUAAAUGUCAUAUCAUUAAGUGAUUCUUCUAAGUUAACAUUUAUGUGCCCACAUUAAUCAUUUAACCUUCCUGUAAGGCCAUGAUCCACAGGCAUUAUGUGGAGGCAAUGCAGUUUUGAUUACCAUCACAGGAGCAACCAAGUCAAUAUGGCUAAAGAAAAUUAAUAUAAUGAAAUACAGACUGCUGUUGGGUUGCAUUGACUAAAACUUUUGUUUGUUUAUCAUGACCCUGACACACAUGCUUUUCAAACUCUUGGUGCAUUUAAUUUUCUUGGUCAUGUCAGAAGAUUUAAGUGCUUACUGCCUAUACCAAUUAUUUGUUGUAUGACUCAGAAAAUCUAUUGAUACUGAAUAAAGCAAGGUUGUGGAGUUA